UAAGUUGUUGACUGAGUAAAUGAGUCAUUUCUCAUCAGUUUAUUCAGAGAGCUUAGAUUAAUGAUGAUGAUGAUGACUGUGUUUGUUUUCGUUUUGGGUUUCUUCUAAUUUUCUCACUUUUCUGUGAGAAAAUAAAUAUCUUCUGAAUAGAUAGAUCUCCAGCUCCGGCAUUCCAUAGUUUCACCGUUUUUUGUGUUCAGAACGAAUCUUGGUCGGAAAAGUCGGAAAAGCUGCCCUCCGACGAAGCUUACACGCCGGAAAAGAGCUGGAUAGCAAGGGUAAAGAGGUAAUUUUUGAGAUUCAAAAGAAGUUGAGGAAUGGAUGAUGUUAACAGUGAAGUUCAGAGCAAAAGUAAGUCACUGAAUCAUGUUUCUUGGAUUCCGGUGACCCCUGCAAAGCCAAAUUUGGUUGGAGAAAAGCCGAUCCAUGGCCAUGGAUCUAUUAUACCAGAUUGUAUCACAGAAAAGAGCAACUUCAACAAUUUGGAAUCUGAUGAUAACAUUUUGGGGCGGUUACCGAAAGCCCAUUUUGAUGAAGAAGCUGCAAAUCAUAGACAAAUUCCUUUCCUAGAGCUCAUGAGGAAAGCAGAGUCCGGAAAAAUGGAGUUCCGUGCUCCGGCGCAGCCAAAGAAGAGUGAUGGUGCAGCUGGGAGCAAUUCUGUUCUUAAUUUUGAAAAGAAACAGCUCCUCCGGUACAAUUUGGGGGGCUCCGGCGACAGCUCUUCUGCGACGUGGCAACCGGGAGACUAUGAGAUCAGUUUUGGAGGUUGGAGAUGCCCCCAAGACAAUUCUCUAGUGCAGCAGCUGCGGCGUACUUAUUAUGAUCUUAAUUUGACACCUGGAUUUGAUACUUCACCGGGCAAGGGCGUACACAAUUUUGUACCUGCAACACCAGAUAAGCCCUUCAAAGUAUAUAGUAAAAGGGAUUCUAGAAUGCAGAAGUUGUAUGUAGGUGAUGUACAAGAUGAGGACAGAGUGAAGCUGAUGAAUAAAAAUACUACUGAGAUGGUGGAUGUCAAUGAAUUAAGUAGUCUUCAAGAAAGCACAAGACCUGCUAGUGAUUUUUCAGCAGCUGCUGAUUCCACAGCACUUCAGGCGAAUCAAAAUACCAAUAAGGGAGACAUUGAGGAAGUCGACACGAAUAAAACGCCACAGCAAAAACCAAAAAGGAGAAGGCACAGGCCCAAGGUGGUCAAAGAAGGCAAACCGAAAACUCCAAAGCCGGUAACCCCAAAGCCUGCUGAUUCCAGUAAAACCCCAACAGGGAAGAGAAAAUAUGUCAGAAAGAAUAAAGUAGAAAAGGUAUCGCAAACUCCACCAGAACUAGCCGGAUCCAAAAUGGAAAUCCCUGCCAAGAAGUCAUGCAGAAAGCCUUUGAAUUUUGAAGAGAUGGAACCAAUAACUGAUGAUGCCGGAUGUACUGACAAUGUGUGUUCAGAGACACAGGUACAUCAUAACAUCAACAGAAGUGAGAUAUCAAAAUCAACCAUUAAAGUAUGUCAUGAAAUUGAGGUGAAGAUGGUAGGAAAAACACAAGCAGGCACUGUCCGUGAAAACUGUUCUGCACAUCAUAUGGAGGAAGGUUACCUGUCAAAGAAUGGAACAGAAACUGUAAGAACAUCAGUUCCUGUUUUGAGAAACUCUGCUUUGGUGAAAAUGAAGGUUCAUAUUCAAGAGGAUUAUAAAGAUGUUCACAUGGCUGCCAACGUUCAACGUGAAAACUCUGCACAAUUUCUGUUGGAGAGGGAAACUCUUCCAUAUCCAAUGAGUCCAGAUGGUUCUGACUGCAGCAGUAGUGUAAAUCUGGCAAAAGGAAAUGAACAAGCUAAAAAAUCUAAGAGGGACCAACAUUGCGCUGUCAAACAAGCUAAUACCAACAUUAGUAAUAUGUAUGGUGGUCACUAUAAUAAUUUAGAGACGUAUUUGAUACCUUGGCCACAUAGCAAACGAAAGAGAACUGAGAAGGUGCAAGGGCAUGAUAAUACAGCAGCAAAAGACUGUAGGGAAAUCAUAACUUUAUACCCUCAGAAUAAUAAUACCAUACAAAAUCCGUAUGGAUCAAAAGCCAAAAACUCGAUGAGCGCUCAUUGUAAUCCUAAUAAGCUUCUGAAAAACCUGCAUACUGAUGCUGAAUGCAUGAUCAUGGCUUUUAGUCCGAAGGAGACACCGACAAAGAAAAGAUCUCGAAAUGUUAAAAGAACUCGCAAUUUGUCUUCAUUAAUUAUGGCAGGGCACAACAUGGGGAAAACUUGUUCCACUAACACGAAAGUGGUGUACCAAAAUGAGAAGAGAAUUGAGAACUUCAACAGAACUAACGCCUGCAUGAAUGCUCUGAUUGCGCAGACAAAAACAACACUUGCAAGAAAGAGACGAACAACAAAGAGAAAUUUGCAACGAUGUUAUGCUAAGUUAUCAGGUUCUGCUCGUGAUGUACUGUGGACAGAGAUGCUUGAUUUAAUUGACAAGCAACUGAAAUGCUUAGACAUCAAUAAGGAAAAUCCCUUACUUGAAUUUCAAGAGAGAAAUGCAAUUGUUCCUUUCCAUACAAGAUACCAAGAACACAAUGCACUAGUUCUAUAUAGGAGAGAUGGCACUGUUGUACCCUUUAGGGGUUCAUUUGAUCUUCCAAAGAAAAAUCGUCCUCGGGCUAAAGUAGACUUAGAUGAAGAAACUAAUAAAGUAUGGAAACUUCUGUUGGAAAAUAUAAACAGUGAAGGUGUUGAUGGAACAGAUGAAGAUAAGGCAAAAUGGUGGGAAGAAGAGCGCACAGUUUUCCGUGGACGAGCAGACUCAUUUAUUGCAAGAAUGCAUCUGGUGCAAGGAGAUAGACGAUUCUCUCGGUGGAAGGGGUCAGUUCUAGAUUCAGUUGUUGGUGUCUUUCUUACUCAAAAUGUUUCAGAUCAUUUAUCAAGCUCUGCUUUCAUGGCGCUCGCUGCACAUUUUCCUCUUAAAUCAGAGAAUCAUGACACAGUAUGCUCAGUAUCAAAUGAACCACAAGUGUGCUUAGCUGAAGACACUUCAAACCAACCAAUUUGUGGCUGGCCUUCACUGGCUCCUCGUGAUGCAGAACCUGAUGAAAUAGCAAGUGUUGACAAAAACGUAAGUGAAGAUAGCAAUACUACACAAUAUGAGAAGGAGCACGAUGAGAAAGCAACUAGUCUAAUUUCUUUGCAGCCCACCUUAGAUUCUUUAUCACGAACUCAAGAGAAAUCAGGAUCAUGCUCAGAGAGCAACUCAGAUGCAGAGAUUCUACCAAGCAAAACUGUGCAUGAAAAUUUGGAAGACUCCAUUUCAUCAUUGAAAGCUCGACAAAAGGAUGAUUCUUCCAUGCUACAUGAAGUUUACCAUGAAAAUCAGGAGAUUGUCACUAACAAGCUCAACAGUAUUUGUGACAAGUCUAAAUCUGCAGAGCAUAGCGAUAAAAGACAAAUUAUAGACAAAGGUAGUCCCACAUGUUACCCUGUCAAUAAUCUCUACUUGCAGGAAACCACUAAUACAGGAUCAACGUUGAUUGAGUGCUUCGAAAAAUCCCUAGCGACGGAACCUGCAGAAAUUUCUUGGAACAAAACUGAAAACAGUGCAAGUGAUCAGAGUACACUGACAGUGGAAUCUGCAACUCAAGUCACUAUUCAUAAAAAGGUGACAGUCAGUCCCCAAGAAGCAACAAGGCCGAUUGAAUCAGAUAACAUCAUUCAGAUCAACAAAAAUGUACUUGUUGAAUCUCAAAGCAGCACAGUUGGAAACCUUAAAGUUGUUGAAGCAUGGAGUUCAGAAAAAAGCAGUAUAAUACAACAAAAUUUGACAAUCCACUCUGAAGAAACCCAAGAAGUUUUGAAACAGACAGCAGAAGUAGAUUUGAACGAGUGUUGUCAUUCAUUACCUAAAGAGUGCAGUGAGCUGGAUGCUGCUACGUCAAAGCCAAAGAAUAAGAAAUCUGGAAAGGAGAACACAGAAUAUCAGGACUGGGACAAACUAAGGAAGCAAGCAGAAGCCAAUGGAAGAAGAAAAAAAACAACAGAUACAAUGGACUCCUUGGAUUGGGAAGCUGUAAGAUGUGCAGAUGUUGGUGAAAUUUCUCACACAAUUAGAGAACGGGGGAUGAACAACAAGCUGGCAGAGCGAAUCAAGGACUUCCUUAACCGGCUGGUAAAAGAACACGGAAGUACUGACCUUGAGUGGCUGAGAGACGUUCCACCUGACCAAGCAAAGGAGUAUCUGCUAAGCAUAAGGGGAUUGGGGCUGAAAAGCGUCGAGUGUGUGAGACUUUUGACACUUCACCAUCUUGCUUUCCCGGUGGACACAAAUGUUGGACGUAUAGCCGUACGAUUAGGAUGGGUACCUCUUCAGCCACUGCCUGAGUCACUACAGCUGCAUCUUCUUGAACUGUACCCAGUGUUGGAAUCAAUUCAAAAAUAUCUCUGGCCUCGACUGUGCAAGCUUGACCAAAGAACACUCUAUGAGUUGCAUUACCAGAUGAUAACAUUUGGAAAGGUCUUUUGCACCAAAAGCAAACCAAAUUGCAAUGCAUGUCCAAUGAGAGGAGAAUGUAGACACUUUGCGAGUGCAUUUGCUAGUGCGCGACUUGCCCUGCCAGGGCCAGAAGAGAAAAGUGUAGUUAUUGCAACCGAAAAAAGAAAGGAAGACAUAAAUUUUACUGUUAAUGAGAGAACACCCUUACCCCUUCCUCAUGCCAACAAACAAUCAGAAUACUACCACUUAAUGGAAGUAAAUGAUCAGUCAGAAGCAAAAGCUGGGAUCAAUUGUUGUGAACCCAUCAUUGAGGAACCAGCAACACCAGAGCCUGAAAGCCCAACAAUAUUAGAAGAUAUUGAGGAUGCUUUCUGUGAAGAUCCUGACGAAAUUCCAAUGAUCAAGCUUAAUAUUGAACAGUUCACUCAGAAUGUACAGAACUAUAUGCAACAAAAUAUGGAACUUCAAGAUGGUGAAAUGUCCCGGGCCUUAGUUUCUCUAGGUCCAGAAGCUGCUUCUAUUCCUAUGCCCAAGCUGAAGAAUGUGAGCCGACUGCGAACAGAACAUCAAGUUUAUGAACUUCCAGAUUCGCACCCUCUUCUGGAAAAGUUACAGUUGGAGAAGAGAGAACCUGAUGAUCCGAGCCCGUACCUUUUGGCCAUAUGGACACCAGGUGAAACUGCAAACACUAUUGAACCACCCGAGAGGAGGUGUUGCUCCCAAGGAUAUGGCAGCUUGUGCAAUGAGAAGGAGUGUUUCUCGUGCAACAGCAUGCGUGAAGCGAACUCCCAAACAGUUCGAGGAACCAUUUUGAUACCAUGCAGGACGGCAAUGAGAGGAAGCUUCCCACUUAACGGGACCUACUUUCAGGUUAAUGAGUUAUUUGCAGAUAAUGAUUCAAGUGUCGACCCAAUUGAUGUUCCAAGAGAAUGGAUAUGGAAUCUACAAAGGCGCACUGUGUACUUUGGAACCUCCAUACCAACUAUAUUUAAAGGGUUGACAACUCAAGGCAUUCAACAGUGCUUUUGGAGAGGAUAUGUUUGUGUGAGAGGAUUUGACCGAACAACACGAGCACCACGGCCUCUAUUAGCCAGACUUCACUUCCCAGCCAGCAAGGUGAAAAGAACAAGAGAUGAAAAAAAUGAGUAGUGGUGGUGUAGAAAAGGGAGAAUUCAGGGUGAUGAUGUCCAGCAAAACCAGAAUUUUACCAUGUAGUAUAAAUAGCAUAAAUUCCAACCUAGAUUAUUUAACAAACAACUCUAAACUGGUUCUUUAGAUAGUAUCAAUAUAUAUAUAUAUAUAUAUAUAUAUAUAUAGAUUACAUAUAUAUAUUUAUAUAAUCCCCAAAGAAUGAACAAGCAACCUAGUUGAGCUGUGCUGAAUGCUCCCAUGAUUGAGGAAGGGAACAACUAUGUUGCCAUGUAGCUUAGUACGUGUACAUGAUUACUUAGUCUCAGAGAGAGCUUUUUUGCUCCAAUCCAAAGUUUGACUAUAUGACACGACCAAUGCGCUUUCCUA